AAAAUGCCAACAUGGAUCCGUGGCAAGGACGAUGUUCUUUCCAGCAAUAAUAGCGAAAGGGACAUCGGGACUCAUCCUAUGUCGCAUAUCCACAGUUUGGUCGUUUCAAUCCAUAUUAACUCAAGUGUUUACAAACGUGGCGCUCGUUGGUGACCCCUUCACCCUUCUUCUGAGCUGCACACCAACAAAUGGUCUCCAUAAGCGACAAAGCGGUGGCUACUGCUAAUGAAUUGUUUGCGGACCAUGUCUUGGCCACCAUACCCUUCAUAGAGGUGGGUGGCAGCGACAGCAGUGAGCAGGGCAGUUCCUUCUCUUGCUCCAGUCCCGAAACCAUAGAUGCUGCAGCUCAGCUCAGCUUCAGCCCCGUUGAGGAGUAUGAGGAAGGGCCGCUGCAAAUCUUUUUUGACUCCACUGAGGACUGGUUGGUCCAGCCACCCAAGCUGCCUGAUUUUAUAUCGCAGCUCCCCAGCACCUUCUCUCCAACCCUGGAGGACAUUGAGGAGUUCCUAUUGGAGAAGAUGGAGCCGGUGAAAGAUGCUCCUCCAAGUCCAGAAGAAGGGGCGAAGGACAAAGUCCCUCCAGUGCAACUGUCUUUCACUAGUGACCACAGCGAUGCAGGUCCGAAAUCUUCUACACCAACGCCACCUGCGACUCAGAGUGUUACCGCCACAUCGAGUGCUGCUCCAGUGCUUGUUGGGGCUCCAUUGGUGCUGCAGUUGCAACCUCUCCAGCUAAGCCACGCCCUUCCGCAGCCAGACACUCAAAGUGGCGUCUCUAAUGGGAUCCGAUUGGCCCACCUGGUGCUUGGUUUCCAUGGGGCACAGAACAUUACCCUACUUUCACCACAGGUGCACUCUACUACUUUCUUCCCCAUCAUGGGUGAGGUUGUGAACCAAGACCAAAAGUAUGUGAAGAUCGCCCCCCUGCCGAUCACAGUAAGGGCGGUUGGAAUUGCGGGCACAAGCCUGGUCAAAGCCAUCACACCGCGUCCAUCCAGGUCCUCCACAGAAACCCUGAGGGUACAUAAGUGCUCUCACCCAGGGUGUGAGAAGAUGUACACCAAGAGCAGCCACCUGAAAGCUCAUUUCCGUAGGCAUACGGGUGAGAAGCCCUACCUGUGCAGCUGGCCAGACUGUGGGUGGAGGUUCUCUCGCUCUGAUGAGCUGUCUCGCCAUCGGCGCUCUCACUCGGGAGUCAAGCCUUACGAGUGCACAAUGUGCGACAAAAAGUUUGCCAGGAGCGACCACCUAUCCAAACACACCAAGGUGCACCGGGGUCCAUGUGCCGGCAGACUGGUUCGGGCAAACAUCUGACCCUCGGAUCAACUGACAAACCUGGAGUCUCUCAAUCGUUCAAGUUCUAGACGGAAAGCUAUGGUAUCGAAACGGGCUCACAAGCUGUAACCCUUCGCCUUCAUUUUUGUCUCUCUUUCCUCCACCACUUUUUAUAGUUUAUCCAGAUGUUUGUUUUUCUUGGUGCUGCAGUCAGCUAACUUGAAACUCAGGGAUGUGAUUGUUAAGCUCAAAGCGGAUAUCUGGCUUUAGCGGUGGGCUAAAGUCAGGCUCACGUCCAAUUUCAUCACAUUUUCGUCCAUUAUUUGUGGAAAGCUACAGGUUUAGCUACAGCAGAUUUUGGGAUUUGCCUUUAAAUAGAUGUUACAGAAAUUGUGGAAAUGUAAAGGACAAAAUGGAAAAUUAUUGGAGAAUGUCUUUUAGUGUAUAUUUUGUGAAUAUUGUGUUAUAGCCUAGGUCUAACCAGGUGGAAAUCUAAACAGUUCAGUAUUUUGGUUGGCUUUAGUGUGUUAACUAAAGACAAAACGCUGCAGAAUUUCCCUUACUUUUCAAUUAAAUUGAGAAAAUAUGCACUUUGAUUUAGGCUAUGAUAAUAUUCAUUGUCAUGCAUAAUAUUGGUGUCAUUAUGCGCUGAAUCUCUUGAAAAUGGUCAAAACAUGCUCGGGUCAUAUUUCACCCCAAAAUCGAAUGAAGUUAAAUUUUUCUUUAAGAAAAUUAAUCCUGUUUUAGGACCAUUAGAUUAUUAUUAUUUUAUUUAUUUGUUUGCAUUGAUUUCAUAAAAAUUCAGUAUAUGUUAGGGUUAGAUAAAAUAGAGAAUUCUCAUUACUGUAUUGUGAAAAACAAUAUUCUGUAAUGGUUUUUUCUAUUAAAUAAUUUUUUCAAAUUAAAGUACAUUUUUAAAGUAGAAAUAUACGUGUAAAUCAUCAUAGUAUUUGUUUUACUGAAUUUAAUUUAGCUGAUCUUAAAAAAACACAAAAUUGUGUCCUGACAGUAUGAUUUUUAUUACUGUAUUACAGUAACGAGAAUGAGAUUUUAAUCCACAUUGCGGUAAUGAGUUUGAGCAAAAUGUGCUUAAAGAAAUGAAGCCUUGUGAUGAUAUGCAAAAUAUGUUAUUAUUUUAUUCUAUUGUUUAAAGAAAAUGCAGCCUUUUUUUUAGCACUGCGAAGAUUUUUUUGCUUUCGUAAAACUUAGCAUAUGUAAGGGUUAUGCAGAAAAAAAUAUCGUAAAAAAAUUCUCAUUACUGGAAUGCGAAAAACUAAUUCUGUCAAUUCUUUUUAUUUUUGGAUUAUUUCAUUUGUAAAGUAGAUUUGUAAAUUACAGUUAUUAAAAUAUUCAGACAAGAUGAUUUAUGACUUUAUUACGGUAAUGAGA